UUUUAAGAAGUGUUUGUAGGUUCGAAUUCAUUUUCUGUAGCUUAAACAACGUGAUUUUAGGUUCUGAGGCAGAGAUCUCUUUGCUUUGUAUCAUAUAAAUUACACUUUUUUUAGAGGAACGAACAUGUCAUUAGGGGUGCCAGUCAAAGUUCUUCACGAGGCAGAAGGUCAUAUAGUUACUCUUGAGACCAAUACGGGCGAAGUGUAUCGUGGUAAACUUGUAGAAGCAGAAGAUAAUAUGAAUUGUCAGAUGUCUGGAAUCACAGUGACAUACCGAGACGGCCGAGUUGCACAGUUAGAAAAUAUCUAUAUCAGAGGAAGCAAAAUACGGUUUUUAAUACUACCAGACAUGCUAAAAAAUGCACCAAUGUUUAAGAAAACUGGACCUAGAACAAGUGCCACUGCUAGUGGUCGUGGAAAAUCAGCCAUUUUACGUGCUCAGGCUGCAAGAGGUCGAGGACGUGCCCGAGGAUUAUUCCAACGUCAUAAGUAGAUACAUCUUCAUAUUUUUGGGGGAAGAUAUUGAAGCUUAUUUCUGUGUUUUUUAUUCAGUUUUCAUUUUAACAUUUUGUACGUAAAUUCUUCAUUAAAGUGCAUUUUAUCAUCAUCUGAUUAAUGAGGUUUAACUGCACUUGUGAUUGUAAAAGGGAAUUAAUAAAUUCUUUAUAUAAUAAUAAUUACUAUUAUUAUGGUAAAACUUUGGUUUGCAAGACUGUGAUUCAAUAAACUCUGAAAAUUCUUUUCAUAAAAAAAACACGGAUAUCGAAAUUAAAGAGUUAGGAAGUGCUAACUGCAUUUUUUGGUUGCAAAGUGCAAAGGACUUAUUAAUCAUGAAUUUGCAUUUAAAAAAAUAUUCAUUUAAUUAGCAUUUCUUCAAGGAAUUGUUUAUUAUUAUUAUUAUUAUUAAGGAAUAGGAUAAAGUGAGUUACGAAGGAUUCUGGUCAAUGGUUUCUUUUACACGAUAAUGCUGAAUAUCAUAAAGCAUUGUCUGUACAGCAGUGUGUUGCUUAUUUAGUUUCAGGGAUAAACCACUCACCAUAAUCUCCUGACUUACCGCCAAAUGAUUUUUUCCUUUUUCCAAUGGUUAUGAAAGAACAGAGAUUUGGAGACUUCUCUGAUCGAAUGUUGUGCGUAUUGUAAGAAGCAUUAGUUUUAAUGACUGUAAACAGUGUUUUGAUGACCUGAUGAAAAAUGAUAAUGUUUCGAUGACUGUUUGAAAAAUUGUGUAGAUUUCCUUUGGAUAUCAUUUUGAAAGGGAUAAUUAUUCAAAGAUGCAAAUCUUUUUCUUAUUUGUAAGAAACUGUCCCGUUGUGUGGGUGCAGCUUUUCUCUGUAUACUUUUGUUUUGUAAUUGCAGCAUUUUUAACAAUAUAAUGUUCUGUGCUCUGUUUACAUUA